AUGUAAUAAUUUGAUUUACCAUUUCUCAGAAAAUAAAAAUAUAAUACAGAUAUUUGGAAAGGGAAUACUUAUAAAGACUAUUCAUUUGAAGAAGAACGCUCUUCACAUAUUUAUAAGAAGAAUCACCGAAGAAAAAGUUGUUAUUGCUAAUUGUGUGGUAAAAUGAGUCUCUUUUAAUUUACUUAUAUGAAUGUUUCUACUUGUGUAAACUAUAUCAACAAGAAUUUAAUUCUUUAAUAAGAUAUUGAAAAAUAAUAAGAACUAGAAAUUUUAAUCAAUAUCUAAAAAGAUAAAUAAUUUAGAGAUAAUAUUUCCUUAAAUCAUUCUCAAAAAAGCAAAUCUAUUGAUUUAUUCAAUUGUAUUCUAUUUGAUCAUCCCUAAAGAAGUAGAAAACCAAAAAGUUGCGAAUGUAUUGAAUGUGGAAUUAAGAGUACUUUUUAAUAAAAAUAUUAAAAUUUGUAUUUCACUAAAAAAUAAAUACAAGCUAAUCAAUUUAAAAUUAAAAAGAUUUUUAAAAGACCUUAAUUUAGAAAAUAGAAUACAGAAUAAUUUUCACCUGUCAAAAAUGGAGAGUUCAGAUUUUUUAAAAAAAGAUUACUUGAACUUGAUUUUCAUCAUUCUAAAUAUGAUAAUCAACUAUUCAAAAAGUUUUAAGUUACAUUACCUUAAACUUAAAGGAUUCUUCGUCAUUAAUAAUCAAUGAAUCUAUUUGAAAUUAUUCCAAGAAAUAAAAAUGAUGUCCUAUCACCUUUAAAUAAUAAAAAAUAAAUGCUACCUUACUUGUAAUUUAAUUAAACCAAAAGUCCUCUUUAAAAAAUUACAAAAAAAACAGUCAUCACUAAUUAACAAAGAGAAUAUUUUAAAAAACAUAACUAAAAAUCUGGCAUAUUUUGA